AUGGCGUGCAUGAAGGUGGGGUCCAAAUCUGAAGUCUUUCACCUUGAUGGCCAAACCUGGAUUUGCUCAACUGGGCUUCCUACCGACGUCAUCAUUGAAGUUGGAGAGAGGACCUUCCAUCUCCACAAGUUCCCCUUGCUGUCCAGAAGUGGAGUAUUAGAAAACGUUAUUGGAGAGCUUUCUGGCGAGGAUGAGAAGUGUGUUUUGCAGCUCCAUGACAUCCCUGGAGGAGCCAAAACCUUUCUGCUUGUAGCCAAGUUCUGUUAUGGUGUUAGAAUAGAGCUCACUGCACUCAAUGUAGUCAAUCUUAGGUGUGCAGCUGAGUAUCUUGAGAUGACUGAAGACUAUGGAGAGGGAAAUCUCAUCGCCCAAACAGAAAGUUUUCUAAAUGAAAUUUUUGGUUACUGGACGGACUCGAUUAAAGCUCUUGAGACCUGUGAGGAGGUUCUCCCACAUGCAGAGGAAGUUCAUAUUGUUUCAAGAUGCAUUAAUUCUUUGGCAGUGAAAGCUUGUGCAGAUCCAAGUUUGUUUAGUUGGCCCAUGUCAGGACGCAGCGCUCUGGAAGGCCCAGAUGGAUCUGUAAUUUGGAAUGGAAUAUGCACAACAGCUAAGCCACAUACUGUCAGUGAAGAUUGGUGGUAUGAAGAUGUGUCCUUUCUGAGAUUGCCUCUGUAUAAAAGACUGAUUUUGGCUGUUGGAUCAAGAGGCAUGAAGCCAGAGAGAAUUUCCGGGUCUGUUGUCUACUACGCAAAGAGGCAUCUCCCCUUGUUGGGUAGGCAAUCAAGCUUUCAGACUGGAAACUCUGUUGCCCCAGGAUCAACUAUUUCUGCCCUAUCUGAUGUAGAUCAAAGGAGUCUCCUUGAAGAAAUAGAGGAGUUACUACCCAACCAAAAGGGUGUGACACCAACCAACUACCUGCUUAGGCUUUUGCGAACAGCAAUGAUUUUACAUGCUAGCCCAUCAUGUCUUGAGAAUUUAGAGAAAAGGGUUGGUGCUCAGUUGGAUCAAGCAGCUCUUGAAGAUCUUCUGAUACCAAACAUGGGGUACUCAGUGGAGACCCUUUAUGAUAUUGACUGCAUUCAGCGGAUUCUUGAUCACUUCAUGCUCGCGGAUCAUGAUUCUGUUGAUUCUACUUCUAAUUCUAUAGUGUAUGAGGGGCAGUUGAUGGGAGGUUGCCAUUCACUAACCCCCAUGACAAUGGUGGCUAAUCUGGUGGAUGGUUAUCUAGCCGAGGUGGCACCUGAUGUUAACUUGAAGUCACCGAAAUUUCAGUCUCUUGCCGCUGUUAUCCCAGAUUAUGCCAGGCCAUUAGAUGAUGGAAUUUACCGUGCAAUUGAUAUAUUCCUCAAGGCUCAUCCCUGGCUAACAGACUCUGAAAGGGAACAAAUCUGCAGGCUCAUGAACUGCCAGAAGCUCUCCUUGGAAGCCAGCACCCAUGCAGCCCAGAACGAGAGGUUGCCACUUCGUGUCAUUGUCCAAGUAUUAUUCUUUGAACAACUUCGGCUCCGCACCUCUGUUGCUGGUUGGGUCUUUGUCUCCGACAACCUUGAGAACUCACAAAAUCCCAGUGGGAAUCUUGCUCUGGCCAGAAACAAUGUCUCUGCCCAAGCAGGCGCCACAGGAAACCAACUUGUAGCAGUUGAUGACAUGAGGGAACGCGUUUCUGAGCUUGAGAAAGAAUGCUUCGGCAUGAAACAAGAGAUCGAGAAGCUGGUGAAAACAAAGGGGGGUUGGAACGCAAUCUUGAAAAAGUUUGCUUUCAAACUAAAGACCAAGCCCUAUGAUCCAAAAGCAUCGAAGCCCAGCAGUAAUUCAAAAGCAUCGGCAGCAUCAAUAGCACCACUUGUGAAUGGAGGAGAACACCAUGACAAUGGUGAAUUGCUAGACUGAAUUUCGUACUCUAAAAUGAAAGAAAAAAUAAGGCUAUUGUUUCAUUUAUUGUUAAUCCCUUCUCUCUGCCUUCUGAACAAGCUAAGCACUCUAC